CGGCAGGGAUCCCGCACGGAAGCACAAUCUUUCACCGCGGCGUUUCUGGACCAUCAACAGUGGCCUUCUUUCCGUUCAAUUUCAACGAUAAGACGAAAGCCAAGAUGGCCGGGACUGGAGCAGAAUCUAUCUGGGAUGUGAUAACCCAAGAGCCGCAAAUAUUCCCCGGAUUCUGUGAGCGAGAAGUUCUUGACAUACCCAGCAUAUCAGUAGUCCAGUACAUGCACUCUGAAAUUCUGGAUCCGCCCUCGCUGUUGGCACACAAGAAUGACUUUCUCACAAAGGGGCUCCGAAAGUUACUGGAUUUAGGGGAUUCUAACAGGCACACAAACAACAAAAGCCUUCGUUGCGACCAUUGGGCGAAAAUUGCAGUGUUUUGUAUAGAAUUUGGCGCGGAUCCUCAUGCCAAUCCUGUUCUGACCUCAGAAGUCAGACUUGCCCUCAAAUCUUUACCGAACCCGACUUCGAUUGUCAAGAAGCUGAUACAGCUGAUAGAUGGUGGUGGGAAGAAGACAGCCGUAGUCCCCAAACUCUCGAAGUUUCUGAACAGUAUAGCCUGCUGGAAGGCCUGAAUGCAAUGUAAAAGAAUAAGUUGACUGGUGUCGUAAUGGAGCCGUAUAUCCCCA